UCACUAAAUCAUAAAUGCACUUGUUUUGGCUGAAAUGGGAGAAGCAGACAUUGGCCAACAGCUUUCUCGUCACUCAACUGCAUGAUUACUGCAUUGCUCAUUUAGAUAGUAUAAAAAUCUCCUGCAUCACAGCAUGCUUCAGCAAGAGAGUAGUAUAUUGACUGAAAGCAUACAGCCACAAUUUUUGUCCAGACUUCAAGCAGUUGGAGUUCAUUUCUUUCUUCACUGAACAGUAUGCCAUUGGUAGCAUUCACCAAAUGUUACCUAGUGCUGCUAUUUCUACUUCCGCUCGACAUGUGCCAAGAAGAUGAAAUGGAGGUGAGCAGAAGAUAUGGUAGAGCUGUGGCCAGAGUAGUUCAAAGCCACCAGCAGACUUUCAAACCUUCAAACAGGGAGACAAAGAGACAGCCAAGUAACUCUUUAAAUGGGACUGAUUCCAACAGCACUUCCACAAAGGCAGUAGGCCUGUGGCCUGAGGUAGAUGAUUUAGAGCACACCUCCUUAAAUGGUAGAGUCCAGGAACCUGUUGAAAGGCCACAUUACACAGACUGCAGUCAGUGCUGUCGAGGAGAUGGACUACGGGGAUACCCAGGACCCUCAGGAGCACCUGGCAUUCCAGGAAAUCAUGGAAACAAUGGUAAUAAUGGCUUACCUGGUCGUGAAGGAACUAAAGGAGAAAAAGGUGACAAGGGUGACCUUGGGCCACGUGGUGAACGGGGUCUUCAGGGACUUAAAGGUCAGAAAGGACAGCAUGGACUUCCAUCAGAGCUCCAGGUUGCAUUCAUGGCUUCCCUGGCAACUCAUUUCACAAAUCAGAACAGUGGAAUAAUCUUUAGCAGCGUGGAAACCAACUCUGGAAGCUUCUUUGAUGUUAUGACUGGUAGAUUUGGUGCUCCAGUGGCAGGGGUUUACUUCUUCACAUUUAGUAUGCUGAAGCAUGAAGAUGUAGAAGAAGUCUUUGUUUACCUGAUGCACAAUGGAAACACCAUCAUAAGUAUGCACAGUGCUGGUGUCAGAGGAAAACAGGAUUCUGGUGGAAACAGUGCUGUGCUGAAGCUUGUAAAAGGUGAUGAAGUAUGGCUCAGAAUGGGAACAGGUGCCCUGCAUGGAGACCACUAUCGCUACUGCACCUUCUCUGGCUUUCUUCUGUUUGAAGUCAGCUCAUGAAUACAUUUCCAGACAUGCAAUUCCUGUUUGUUCAACUGUGGUAUUACUUCAUGAAUAUGUCAUUCACAAGUGUUCUUGGCUAAUGCCCUACACAUAAAGGAUAAGAUAUUAAGCAAUGCAGAUAAUAAUAAGACUUUCAUAGAAAACAUCUCAAGCAAAAUUUGGUCCACAUUUAAAGGCAUUGAAAAUGAUAGAAGUCUUGCAACUGGUAAUGUACUCAAAAUUUGCUGUUCUUAAGUUUCAAAUAGGCAUAUAAGACUGAGAAGUACUGGGGUAAAGCAAUUUAGUGCAUUUAUUUUAACUUGCAAAUCAAAGCUACUACGCCUAUUAUCCAGAAUUUGUUUUGUUUAGUGACAUAGUAUUUUUGACAGCAGUUCAUGAUUUUCUCUUCUGUUGUGACAUUAAUCCAUUAGGUAUAUCAUUUAUUUUCUAGAGAUGAAAAUAAUUCUGCUUACAAUGCAUGGAAAGAGUUUUAGGAAUUUAUAAACUGGUAAAUCUUACCUAAGCAGCUCAGAAUUCAUGGGUAAAUCGAUUUAUAAAAUCACUCAUUUAUACAUUCUACCCCAUACCAUCACACACAAACUCAAUAAGAGUCCCUAGAAUUGUCCACUUUAUAUAAAUCUACCUCUUUUGCCUUGCUAAUGCACUGUAUCUGUAUGAUACAUCAGUUUUCAGGAAUCAAUAACAAAAUGGGCAGAACUAUCAAAGACAAUUUCAAUUAAAUACUCAACUCUUUAACUAAUGCCUGCUAGAUAUACCUUCCCCAUAUGAUCCCCAUAAUGUCAUUAAAAACUCAGAACAUAUUUAGUUCCCAUUGGCCACUUUAUCUAAUGCCAUCUAAUCAAUCAAUCAAUCAAUCAAUCAAUCAAUCAAUCAACCUGUCAAUCAAUCAAUAAACUCAGUCACAGGUACGUGAAUUCCAAGGUAGAUGGGUUUUAUAGUCAUUGUAAGAAAACUACUGGACAUCCAUUCCUAUUUCUUUACUGUGAUUAGCACUUAGCAAAAAAUAUUUUGCUCUGAGAGAUUAUUUAUCAGAUAGUAUGACUAACAGAAGGAAUAAAAAACAGUCAUUAAAAGAAAUCUAAUGCUGCCUCAGUUGCUGUUGACAGUAACUUACCCUCUUGCAUUCCCAUAAAAAUAAGGCCAAAUGUUAUGGCUUAUCUACUUUUUCUCUAGCGGAUGCAUUGUUACAUUAAGACCCACAACAUAAAUGAGCAUGCAGAAAUGCAUUGCUGAGAAGCUUUGUUUAAAAAGAAUGCUAUAGAUUGAUAUGGUGUAUUAUAGAAGAAAACUAAGAACUUUGCAAAAAAUACAUUACAACUACACUAAGGAUACAAAACAGAGGAGACUAGUUUUUGAAACAACUCAAAAAUGAAGGGCUACUUAACUUGGAAAAUAAAUAUGUAAUACUUACCCAUUUUAAUGUUUACUAAAAUGUCACUGAAAACCCACUUUCUAAAUGCAGCCACAUUCUUAUUAUUUAUAUUAUUCUUGUAGCAGGCACUGUGUGUCAUUGUGUGGCUUUACAUUUCCUAGAUUUGCUUAUAAUGCGGGGCUAAUUUAAUGACAUAAGUGUUAUUGCCUUACACGGUUUCAUGUACCUUCUGCAUUAUUACUUUUCAGUGGUAUGACAAUAAAUGAAAUGAUGAUUUUUAACAAGAAAGAGAGAGUAAAUGUGCUAUUUAAUGAAUAUGACAUUUUAACAAUGAAACAGUGACAUUAUGGUACAGCAGGUAGAAUGAUUUUUGGUCUUUCUUUGUUAACUGUAAAAGAGGCAUUGAUAAUGGAUGUUUGACCAUUUCUCUGUGAAACUGUUAUAAAAUGCAUUAUACUGGGGUUGCAAUUACUGAUAAUGACAGAUGCAUUAGGGAGUUAAAUAACAUAACACCCCCUGAAACAUGCUAAUAUGAAGAAAAAGCGACAAAAUGAAAAAAUGCAUAUUAAGUAAAGAUCCAUCAAUUUUCCUAGCAAUUUGUUGAAUAUAUAAAAAAAAUAUAACAAAAAAUGUAAACAGAAACUAUAAUGUCUAAAAUUGUGGCUGUAAAAUAAUUUUCAAAUUACAUAUAUUCUAAUAUUAUAUACUUUCACAUAUUGUGUAACUACAGUUGCAUUAUGGUUGAAAUGCUCUCUUCUUCUUCUCCACAUUUUAUUUUUCACAGACCUUUUUGCUGAUGUUUGUCCACCAUGUGUUUUUUGUCUUUGGAGUUUUUAUAUUUUCACUUUGGGUGAUAUCUACAAUUAUAACUUCUUAAGAUGAAUCACACAGCUCAGAAUAAGCCUGACCUAGUACAAGUCAUUUUAGCACUUAAGAGCAUAUAAUAUAGAUUAUUUUAGAGUCAAACUAAUCAUACGUAGUGUGCUGUUUAAAUUAUUUGGUAUUGCCAGUGUGUUAAUACUCUGAAGGAAUAACAUGAACAUUUCUCGGAGCUAGGCAUGUUGUCCCUAUUCUUCACUUAUUCUUGCAUUUAUUUCCACCACACUUUGGAAUGUUGAUCAGUAUGGGUAACUGAUGGGACUUGAAUGGAGAAAGGAAGCUGUAUUCUUUAUUAUGGGAAGUCUUCUGUUAAAUCAACUUAAAUCAGAGGUGCUUAAAUAUGAAAUGUGUGUAGUGCCGCAUUCAAAUACAAACUAGUAAAAUAACGGUUUAUGCUGACUUCAUCUUUUUGCAACAUUUGCACAUAUUCCUCUUUACAAAACAAAUAUCUUUAUGAAAAUAAAUACAUAAAAUAAAUAUCAAGAUUGUCUAUUGAAAGCUAUAAUGUGUAUAUAUUUUUUUUAAAUCAGACACUUUGUUCAUCCUCAGCUACUGAUUUUAAACCCUGAGAAACUCGGUAGUUGCUUUUGUCAGGAACAAAGUCUAAGCAACUAGAAUGCAAGGCCACAUACUGCAAUAAUAAGGGUUUCUUCUCUUUUGUAGCUAAGCCUGCCAGUUGUUUCCUCUUACCCUGGGGCUAGAGACAAACAAUUACCUGUGGGCAAGCCUAAUAUUCAUGUUCGCACACAUGAAUUCACCAUUGAAAACAUUACAAGCUCCUUUCACAUUCUUGUGAGUUUUGUGAUCAGCUCCUUAGAUGUCUAAGAGGAGAUGCUGCCACGGAAGUUAAUCUCAGUCUAAAUGAGCGUGGUACUCCAUCUGCCACUUCAUCCCCUGAAUAUAGGGCACUAGUCAUAGUAUUGCCACAUAUUAUUUUUUGCAAAAAUAAUAAUCUGCUUUAUGUAUGUAUUAAUGCAGUAAUUACUUGUAGUUAUUAUAUUUUAAACAGUAAUAUUUUUUUAAACCCUGAUUCAUAUGUAUAUUUUAGCUUAUUUAUGAAUGUGUUAGAUUAAUGUUUAUACAUGCAUUUCCCUUUUUGUGUGAACUGUUUAGGCCAUAAACAAUUAAGCACAAUAAAUAAAUACAUUUGUG